AUGGCGUUUCGAAACUUUCUUCUGGCUACGUCCUUGGCCUCUGGCUUAUCUUCGGCCGCAGUUAUUGACCUGCCCAUCGUCCACCACAACAGCUACCAUCUCGUGGAGUUGAACGCUGGAACACCUGCCACGACAUAUCGCUUGCUGUUCGACACUGGAAGUGCAACCUCUUGGAUUGUCGAUCAGAACUGUGCCGAGGAAUGCAGCAACUUUAGCGGUUACAAGAGGACUGGAUAUAAUGUAGACAAUUCAACCACCGGAAAACUGACUGGCAGAUGGGGCGAGAUCGAGUACUUUGGUGGUACCACGGCUGGUCUCAUCGCCAACGAUGUCUUCAAGGCCGGCAAAGUUUCUUGGAACCAGUCGUUCAUCGCCGCCAGUCAAUCAUCAUGGGGUAACAUUCCCGGCGAGGGAUUCUUUGGAUUGGCAUUCAACUCAAUCACCGUUGGAGCUGCCGACACCAUCAUGUACACACUGGUGCCCAAGCUAGACGCUCCCAAGUUUGGCCUCUACUACGGCCCAGCGAGCGACACCGCUGACGGCGUCGGCAAGGGCCGUUUGACGCUUGGUGCAUCCAAGGCAUCCACCUACACCGACGGCAAGCUGGUCAAGGUGCCCAUCGUUCCCUCGGAUGGAAAAUACAAUGUCUGGGCCUCCGUCGUCAACUCAGCCACCGGCUCGCGAACCGUCAACGGCAAAAAGGUCAAGAAGACGACAGACCUCAACGCCGGACGAGUCGUCUUUGACACAGGUGCCGGAAGAACCUCCCUCCCCAAGGGCCAGAUCGAAGCCGUCUACGAAUCAAUCGGCAUGAACUGGACCGCCAUCAUGGAAGACGGCUACCGACCCCUAUGCUCAGACUUUAACUCUACUUGGUCCGUCUCUUUUGCUUUCGGGGACGCUAACGCCCGUAACCCGGCUGUUGUGACCUUGACCGGAGACCAGCUUGCCACGCCGGGCUUUGCCAUGGAGGAGAAGUACUGCUGGCCUCCGUUUGAUGAGGGUGACUAUGAGGGACUCACACUAGUUGGAAAGGACAUUCUUACGAAAUUCUACACUGUUUGGGACUUUGGCGCCAAGGAGGAGGCCAAGUAUAAGCCCACUCUGAGCUUUGGCACAUUGAAGAAGGGGUUCAAAUAA